UAACGUUCUGACAUCAAAGAAUUAUAUACCUAUGAGCGUUUUAUCAAACAUCUCGGAAAAAAAUUUUAAACUUGGUACAUUAUCUCUUCAUACUCUCUGUUAUGAGUUUGUGUCUUUUUAAUCAGAUCUGGAAAUUUUUUUUUUUUUAAUUAAUUUUUAUUUAUCAUUUUUCUAAAAUGAAAUUUAUUUAAAAUUUAUUUUUAUUAAAAUAUGUGUAGCAAUUAUCAACAAGUCUCUAUUAAUGAUGAAACACUGGAAAAUGAUAAAUCAAAAUCACGAAAUCAUAUUCUACAAUUUAUUGCCACAAUUAGCGUAUGUAUCCUGACAAUUGGAAAUGGAACAGUCGACUCAUGGACAUCUCCGGCACUUCCAUUUUUGACAAGUAAUCAUUCAUCAUUUCCGGUGACAAAUUUACAAGGCUCAUGGAUAGCAUCAACUUCCGAUCUUGGCUCAGCAAUGGGAAAUUUAUUAACGCCAAUUUUUUCAACUUUUAUGGGUCGAAAAUAUUCAUUAUUAAUAUUUGCCAUAAUGGAAUUAAUUUCUUGGACAAUGAUAAUUUUAGCAAAUAACAUAAUAAUGUUAUAUACAGCUCGUUUCAUUAGUGGUGUAUCAUGUACGCUUGCAAUUAGUUUCACAACAAUUUAUAUUGGUGAAAUUUCUGGCAAAGAAAUAAGAGGAAUUUUAUUAUUAAUAGUUCGUAUUUCAACUCAAUUUGGUAGUUUAUUUGUAAAAAUUAUUGGCGCAUAUCUCACAUAUCAAAUGAUGAAUAUGGCAAUGAUUUUAAUUUUAUUACCAUUUUUUUUUACAUUUACAUUUAUACCAGAGAGUCCAUAUUAUUUAUUAUUUAAAAAUCAAAAAAAUGAUGCACGAAAGACAAUUAUUAAACUUAAUGGUACUGAUAAUUUGGAAAUAAUUAAUUUUGAAAUUGAACGCUUACAGGAAACAGUGAAUGAAAAUAAAAUUAAUGAAAAAUGUGCAAUUUGGAAUUUAUUUUUUAUAGAAGGAAAUAGAAAAAGUUUUUUUAUUGUACUAAUUGUAUGGUGGACAAAAUUUUUAUCAGGCGACACAUCUAUUGAUGCUUAUACACAAGAGAUAUUUGCUUAUAGUGAUUUUUUUCUAUCGCCAAAAUAUUCAACAAUUAUUUAUGCAGCAAUCACUGUUAUCAUUCCUCUUAUUGUUACUCGACUAAUUGAACGAGUUGGUAGGAAAAAAAUAUUUUUUCUCUCUGGUUUAUUUUCUGCAUUUGGUUUAACAAUUGUGGGUUUAUUUUUUUUUUUUAAAUUCUACAUGCAAAUUGAUAUGAAAUCAUUUAGUUGGAUUCCAUUUGUUUUCUUAAUAUUUUAUAAUAUUGCAUCGAAUUGCGGUUGUAUAACUUAUGUAAUAACUGGCGAAAUGUUUGCACUUAAUAUUAAGGAAAUUGCCGUGACGUGCGUUACAAUUACAAAUGAUUUAUUAGCAUUUUUUGUUAAAGUUAUUUUUCAUUGGAUGAAUAAUAAUACUGGGAUAUAUACAACAUUUUGGAUGUAUGCAUUAUUCAGUAUUAUUGGAUCGAGUCUUUUUUUUAUUAUCGCUCCCGAAACAAAGGGAAAAACAUUGGAGGAGAUUCAAGAUAUUUUACAUUCGAGAAAGAAAAAAAAUCAAGAAGAAUUAAUCAAUUAAGAAAUUAAACAAAUUAUCAUUUUUGUUCUUAUUUUACAAUAAAUGAAUAAAUAAUUUAUUAACUAA